AUGACAGGUGUCUCUAACCGCAGUAACUCUCUACCACUGUACAGCUCCAGGCCAGGAAGACCACCGAAGAGAGCUUCCGUCGGUCUGAGUCUCGCAACCAGCCACCUGGCUGCAGCGACCGGUCACCACCCCCAGCAUUCGCUCAAGAAACACCGAAUGGACAACGGGGAUUACUACGAGAACGGGCAUUUGGGUAAGUUUCGUUACGUUUCCUUUUUGUCCAACAAGCCGCGUCGUAAGUAUCACUGACGCGACGGGACACUCGAUCGAUCGGCCCGCUCGACGACUACUUACGAUUCCGGUUACGAUCGUGCCAACGAGUUUUCAGCCAUUCGUUGCCUAUCCUCGUGUCCCGGCAUUCCAAGACGUUCGUAUUUCACGCCGUAUUUCGCGUCCUUUCUCCCGAUAACGCCACGUUUUAUGGAGAGGCCGCGAAUUUCGCGACAACGUUGUACCACGAUGUCGUCGGCCAGGUAGUCGAGCCAUUCGAACUGUUGUUCAACGACCGUGAACAAAGAGACGAGACGAGACGCGAGAAUACUACAUAUAGUCGGGAAGGAAGCUUUUACGGUGUAAAAGGUAUGAAAGGAGUUUCUGAAUCGAUUGAAAAACGAAAUUUAUCAAUUGCAAAAUUCUUCGCGUUAUGUGGUGAAUAAUGAAGUGGUCGACGCAAAAUAGAAAAUAAAAUAAAUACAAGAAAUGCUAGAAAGUAGGUGUAGAAGUGACCGAAUAAGGCAAGAAGGAGAAAAGAAAUAUAAGAAAUAAAUAAAAAAAUAUAAGAAACAAAAAGCGACUAUUUACGUAUAAAUAAACGGAGAGCUUGAAGAAAGCAAACUAUUUGUAAAAUUUGCAGGCGUACGAAUUCUGUAAAUCCAACUUUCAUUAUUUUUCAUUUACAUCUAUUAGAAAUGUAA